AUUGAGUGGGCACGAAAAAGGCAGGGCUAUGAAUAUGCUACGUGUCGGAUUAGAAAUCUUCAUUGGACGUCUCCCGUCAGAUUUAUUUCCGAUAAAUCACAUAAACUCGUUUUUUUAGAAGGGAAUAUAGCUUAAUCGUUACCAACAUAUAAAUUAUUAGGUCACCAAACUAAAACGUUUCAGAAGAAGCGGCGAUGUCUGGGAUCAAAAAACAAAGAACGCUCAAUUAGGAAUGUGCAGAUGUGCAAUCGUGCAGUCUCUCUGUGGUUUCAGGACCUUCAGAGGGCCACUAAUGUCGUGUACCAGGCUCACCAUGUGAGCCGGUCCAAACGAGGCCAAGUGGUGGGCACCAGAGAGGGCUUCAGAGGUUGCACUGUCUGGCUCACUGGUUUGUCAGGUGCCGGAAAAACAACCGUCGGCUUUGCCCUGGAGGAGUACUUGGUGUCCCAUGGUAUUCCCUGCUACUCCCUGGAUGGGGAUAACAUCAGACAGGGGCUGAACAGGAACCUUGGCUUCACCUCUGUGGACAGGGAGGAGAACAUCAGGCGCAUCGCUGAGGUGGCCAAGCUGUUUGCAGACGCAGGAUUGGUCUGCAUCACCAGCUUCAUUUCUCCAUUCACUAAGGACCGGCAAGAAGCCAAAAAGAUCCAUGUACAAUCUGGACUGCCGUUCUUCGAGGUGUUCGUCGAUGCUCCCCUGGAGGUGUGUGAGAGCAGGGAUGUCAAAGGCCUCUACAAGAAGGCCCGUGCUGGAGAGAUUAAAGGCUUUACGGGCAUUGAUUCGCCUUUUGAGAAGCCUGAGUCACCUGAUCUUGUGCUGAAGACUGGAGAGAUCUCAGCGAAUGAGUGCAUCCAGCAGGUGGUCGAGCUGCUUAAGGAACAGAACAUUGUGCCCACUGGUGUGACAGAGGAAGUGACUGAGCUCUUUGUGCCAGAGAACAAGCUGGACUUGGCACUGAGCGACGCCAAGACACUGCCUACCGUCAGCAUCACCAAGCUGGACCUCCAGUGGGUGCAGGUGCUGGCAGAGGGCUGGGCCAGCCCCCUCAAGGGCUUCAUGAGGGAGAGGGAGUUCCUGCAGGUUCUGCACUUCGACACUCUUCUGGAUGGUGGAAACAUCAACCUCUCUGUGCCGAUCGUCCUGCCCGUUUCCAAAGAGAGCAAAGAGAAGCUGGACGGCUGCGCAGCGUUCGCACUUGAGUUCAAAGGUUGCAGAGUGGCAAUUCUCCGCAACCCUGAGUUUUAUGAACAUCGGAAGGAAGAGCGUUGUGCCAGGCAGUGGGGAACCACAUGUCCUCAGCAUCCUUACAUCAAGAUGGUUAUGGAGGGUGGUGAUUGGCUGGUUGGUGGAGAUUUGGAGGUGCUAGAGCAAAUCAAAUGGAACGAUGGUCUGGACCAAUACCGCUUCACUCCAAGAGAACUGAAGCAAAAGUUCAAGGAAAUGAAAGCAGACGCCAUCUUCGCCUUCCAGCUUCGCAACCCGGUCCACAAUGGCCACGCCCUCCUGAUGCAAGACACGAAGCGGCGGCUGCUGGAGCGAGGCUACAAGAACCCUGUCCUGCUGCUUCACCCGCUGGGAGGCUGGACCAAAGACGAUGACGUGCCUCUGGACUGGCGCAUAAAACAGCAUGCUGCCGUACUGGAGGAGGGGGUACUGGACCCAGCCAGCACCAUCGUGGCCAUAUUCCCCUCCCCCAUGAUGUAUGCUGGACCCACUGAGGUACAGUGGCACUGCCGGGCACGAAUGAUAGCUGGUGCCAACUUCUACAUCGUUGGUCGCGACCCUGCGGGCAUGCCUCACCCUGAGACCAAGCAGAGCCUGUAUGAGCCCACCCACGGGGCCAAGGUCCUCACCAUGGCCCCUGGUCUCCCCUCUGUAGAGAUCAUCCCCUUCAGACUGGCUGCCUACAACAAGACUAAAAGAUCUAUGGACUUCUAUGAUAAGGAGAGACACCAGGAAUUUGAGUUCAUAUCUGGGACCAAGAUGAGGAGGAUGGCACGCAGCGGAGAGAACCCCCCGGAUGGUUUCAUGGCCAAUAAGGCCUGGAAGGUCCUCACAGAGUACUACAGCUCCCUGCAGAAGGACGAAUGAACACGCACACCUUGGGUCUAACAGACACAUCUUAAGCUUUUCUAUUUUAUAUCAAGUACUGUAGACAUCUAGGCAUUAAUGAAAUGCAUGCCUGAGCUUUUUUUUUUUUUUUUACUAAACAUCAUGUAAACCGGAAAUGAUCUAGUUUGAUGUGUGGGUCAAAAUAAAUCUGUAAGCAGUGUAAAAAAAUCAAUAUGAAUGUUUUAACAGAUCACUUUUGUAUCUUUACUUCCAAGCUAGUAACUUAAAAUGUAUGUUUUUGAAGCUGUGAGAAGACUAUGUAGUUGAGUGGAAGGGGUUUUAACUAUCCCUGUGUAAUGAAUGAAACUAUUUAUCUAGUGAUGCCAUUGUACCUAAUUUCUAAAUGUUCUUAUACUGCAUCUAGCCUUUUUAUAUCAGGAAGUUUCAAGCAAAUAAAUGAUUACGAACAACA